AACUUUUCUGUGUUUGUCGUUUCUCUUCUUAUUUUUUGGUGCCGGAAGCAUAGCGGCAGCGACGGAGAUCAGCGUGAAGAAUGGCGACUCAGCUCUUGAGAAGGACGACCAAGAUCCUCUCCUCUGCAAACCCUAACCCUCCUUCACCGCUAACUGUAGCCAGGGCUUUCUCCGCUGCUUCCACUCCGAUCCGAGCCACUCUCUUCCCCGGCGAUGGCAUCGGUCCUGAGAUUGCCGAGUCCAUUAAAACGAUAUUUAGAGCAGCUGAAGUGCCCAUUGAAUGGGAAGAACACUAUGUUGGAGACCAAGUAGAUCCUAGAACCCAGAGUUUUCUAACUUGGGAAAGUUUAGAAUCAGUUCGGCGGAAUAAGGUAGGCUUGAAAGGUCCCAUGGCUACGCCGAUUGGAAAAGGUCAUCGUUCUCUGAACCUUACUUUAAGGAAAGAACUUAAUCUGUAUGCCAACGUCAGGCCUUGUUACAGCCUCCCUGGCUAUAAAACUCGUUAUGAUGAUGUAAAUCUUAUUACCAUUCGUGAAAACACAGAAGGGGAGUACAGUGGACUUGAACAUCAAGUGGUGAGGGGGGUUGUUGAAAGCCUUAAGAUCAUUACUCGUCAGGCAAGUUUACGAGUGGCUGAAUAUGCUUUUCACUAUGCCAAGACCCAUGGUAGAGAGAGAGUUUCUGCAAUUCACAAAGCCAACAUUAUGCAGAAAACUGAUGGUCUUUUUCUCAAGUGUUGCCGUGAGGUUGCAGAGAAAUAUCCUGAGAUUACAUAUGAGGAAGUUGUCAUUGACAAUUGUUGUAUGAUGCUUGUGAAGAAUCCGACACUUUUUGAUGUAUUGGUGAUGCCUAACCUUUAUGGUGACAUUAUCAGCGACCUUUGUGCUGGAUUGAUUGGGGGAUUGGGUCUAACACCAAGUUGCAACAUUGGUGAGGGUGGAAUUGCCCUUGCCGAAGCUGUUCAUGGUUCAGCACCCGAUAUUGCAGGAAAGAAUUUGGCAAAUCCAACUGCAUUGUUACUAAGUGCUGUCACGAUGUUGCGCCACUUGGAGCUCCAUGACAAGGCUGAUAGGAUCCAAGAUGCUAUCCUCAACACAAUUGCAGAGGGGAAGUACCGAACUGCCGACCUCGGGGGCACUUCUACAACAACCGACUUCACAAAGGCUAUUUGCGAUCAUCUCUAAACUUUGUUCCUAUGUGAAUUUUCCCAUUGUGUUGGAUCCUCUUGCAAUUUGGCUGUGAUUUUGACCUCACGUUAAAUAUUUCUCUGCACUUUAAUCAAGGAGAAAUAAGUUUCAUCACCUUGAUAACAAUGAAGUUUGCCUUCUGGUCGUCCUGCAGAAAUGGAGAAAUACCUCUUAGAAUCGAGGCUUCGAUGCCCCGCUCCAUGACUCAGGAUGAAGAAAACGAGUCUUACCAUAUGAAAUAAAGACGCAUGGAAAUGUGGCAUUUUCUUUGGUCGUUGCUGCCUUUAGACCCUGGAUUUGGAUUCUCACGAUGGCCUUAGAUGUAUUUUCAAAUGUUUUCAAUUCAGUUUUGUUGUUAAUAUUAUUUUGCAUAAUUAAUUUCAUUCAAAUAAAAAAUAUGAAUUCGC